AUGAAAGACCUUGGGCAAUUCAGAUAUUUCUUGGGAAUUAAGGUUGCUAGAUCUAAGCAGGGCAUCUCUUUAUUGCAAAGGAAGUAUGUCUUGGAUCUUCUUCGAGACACAGGUAUGCUUGGGUGUAAACCUGCUUCCACUCCUAUGGAUCCUAAUCUGAAGAUCUCGACUGAGUCCGGAGAUCUCCUUUCUGAUCCCUCACAGUAUCAGUGUUUGGUAGGAAGAUUAAUUUAUCUUACCAACACCCAUCCUGAUUUGGCUUUUGUGGUUAGUGUUGUGAGCCAAUUUAUGCAUGCUCCUCGUACAGCUCAUAUGGAUGCAGUAUAUCAUAUUCUUCGAUAUCUUAAGUCCUGUCCUGGACUUGGAUUAUUCUAUUCUUCUAGCAAGCAAGUUGGGUUAUCUUGUUUCAAUGAUGCAGACUAUGCUGGGUCCAAGAUUAACAGAUGUUCCACAUCUGGCUUCUAUACUUUCUAUGGAGACCAUCUUAUAUCCUGGAAAAGUAAGAAACAACCUGUAGUUUUGAGAUCUUCAGUAGAGGCUAAGUAUCGUGCCAUGGCUUAG